CACAGCUCAUUCACUUUCAUCACAGUAAUCUGUGGUUUUGGUAGGCAACAUGCUGGCUCUUGCCCAUGUUUUUGUGGGUACAGGUUAUUGGCUUGAGAUUGAAAACGUAAAACUUUGAAAAGGAAACGCAUCCAUUUUCCCGUGACACGAUAUUACGUGUACAAGUUGGCCUUGAAUCGUCUGCGAACCCAUGCAAUUUAUCAUCAAAACAGCUAGUAAACGACUCGUAAAAAUGGUUCCACGACAAACUUUUAUUGAUGGUUAAUGACGACGUUCUUCUUGAGUGACAUUAAACAUUAAAGAAAAAGCAGGACAACUUAGAAAUUGUUGGGGUAAACCCCUUGGAUGACCUGUUUUCAGAAUGUUCACUGAAAACUGUAUCAAUGUGGCAUCGAUUGAAGUUUUCUCUCGUGUCAAAUUUAUGGUGUCGGUUUACUUUUGUCUUUUCGACAGGGUUUGUCUGGAAACUAUGUUUUAAAGCUAUUACAGAAUUUUUAGAUUUGUGAUUCUAGAUGAGUUUAUGGUAUGUCAUAAAACUAGCAAGCUUCUGUUUCUUAAAAGAGGGUGACACAGAGUAUAACGUUUCCAAUAGAUGACUGUCUCUGUCGCCAAAGUGUUGUCGUCCAAAAGUGUUCCACAGCAUCGGUUUCGCUACGUGCAUUUUCUGAAAUCAUAGUUGAGAUUCCCACAACUAAACCUGUUUGUGAUUCUUCACUUUAUAAAAACUUAAGACAACUUUUCCUGGGAAGAAUUAUAUCCGGAACGACGAUGUCUGUAAAAAGUGUUACCACUAUACCAGACAAAACAGAAAAUACUACGAGUUAUUCUUCACUGGACAGCAUCCUCUGGUGCAAUGUCCUACUGAUUGUAGCAGCUCACAUCGCUGGUGUUUAUGGAUUCUACUUGGGCAUUGCAGCUGCCAAAUGGCAAACAGUUGUUUGGACUGCCUUCCUGAUAGUUUUUGCUGGUUUCGGGAUCACAGCCGGAGCACAUCGUUUAUGGUCCCACAGAUCGUACAGGGCAAAAUGGCCGCUUCGACUGCUGGUGGCAGUUGGACAGACCAUGGCAUUGCAGCAUCAUAUUUAUCACUGGGUACUUAAUCACCGAAUGCACCACAAAUAUUCCGAGACGGAUGCAGAUCCAUUCAACGUCCAACGUGGAUUCUUCUUUUCACACGUUGGAUGGACGCUGUGUGAAGAACAUCCUGAAGUUACACGACGCCGUAAGGCUAUUGUGAUGACUGAUAUUCAGGAAGACCCAAUUGUUGUUUACCAACAAAAGUUGUAUGUUCCAUUGGCUUUCGUGUUAGGUGUCGUUGCCCCAGUUAUGAUUCCCGGAUAUUUUUGGGGUGAAUGUCAGCGAACGAGCUUCUUUAUGUCGUUCGCUUUGCGAUUCGUUAUUACUAGCAACGUAACUUGGAUGAUUAACAGCGUUUCUCACACACUACCUGGGUCUACCUCGGGUUCGCGUCCUUACGACAGGGCUAUUGGUUCGACUGAAAAUCGUCUCGUAGCUGUCCUGGCGAUAGGAGAAGGUUGGCAUAAUUAUCAUCACGUCUUUCCUUGGGAUUACAAAGCUGCGGAAUUUGGUGAUUACUCUGCUAAUUGGACUACGGCUCUGAUUGAUUGGUUUGCAGAUAUCGGCUGGGUGACAGACAGGAAAACUGUUCCGGAAAGAGUACUUUGUAAUCGCAUACUGCGAACAGGUGACGGUUCACAUCCUGUCAGUUCCAAUCAUGAAAUUUUAUGAGGAUUUAUUUUAUUAUCCUGACUACUCGUUAUGGUAAAUUAAUUUUUAGAAAGCGAAAUACAUUUGGUGCAAUUGUU